AUGGCUGACAACACCCAAACUGCUCCGUCAACAGGCCACGGUCGUGGUGGUGGCCGCCGUCGUGGCCGCGGAGGCGCCCCUCCCUCUGGUCGUUCGGAUGAGCCGCGCAACGCUGGCGAUGGAGCAAGCCGAGGAGGCAAGCCCCGCGGUCGCGGAGGUCGAGGCCCUGGUGGUCGCGACAAGCAACGAAAUCAAGAUGGACCGGAAGCUUCUGAGACUCAGCCCACACCGCAGGUUGCGACUGUAGGAACGAAAGAAGUCCCCGCCGCUACCGAUGAUGCCGAUGAUGGAGAGAUCUGCUUCAUUUGUGCAUCGACUGUUGAACAUACGUCUGUGUCGCCUUGCAACCAUCGGACAUGUCAUAUCUGUGCGCUUCGCUUGCGCGCGCUGUACAAGAACAGAUGUUGCGCUCAUUGUCGAACCGAGUCCGCCUUUGUCAUUUUCACCGAUGAUCCGGAGCGCCGAUUCGAGGACUUUGAGAAGAAAGACUUUGCUCGGACCGAUGAUAACCUGGGAAUACAUUAUGAGAAGGAUGAAAUCUUUGAAGACACCGUGUUGUUGCUGCGAUACAACUGCCCGGAUGAAGACUGUGAUGUCGCCUGUCUUGGAUGGCCAGACUUGCAUCGUCAUGUGAAGAGCAAGCAUGGAAAGGUGAUGUGUGACCUUUGUACACGCAACAAAAAGGUAUUCACGCACGAACACACCCUCUUCACGAUGGCCGAUUUGCGGAAACACGAGAAGCAUGGCGAUCACAAACCUGGUGCCAUCGACCAGAGCGGCUUCAAGGGCCAUCCCGAGUGUGGAUUCUGUCGGCAGCGAUUCUAUGGCGACGACGAGCUCUACACCCACUGUCGAGACAAGCACGAGCGAUGCCACAUCUGCGACCGCCGGGCCUCCCAUCGUCAACAACAAUAUUACAUCGACUACCAUGCUCUGGAGGCCCACUUCCAGAAAGACCAUUUCGUUUGUCUUGACCAGGAAUGCUUGGACAAGAAGUUCGUGGUAUUUGAGUCGCAGAUGGACCUGAAGGCUCACCAGAUCGAGGCGCACCCGAAUGGAGUCUCCAAGGAUGUGAGACGAGAUGCUCGGGUGGUUGAUCUUGCCGAGUUUGAUAUUCGCAGCCCAUAUCAGCCCCAGCGUCAGCGCCGAGGUGCUGGUCGUGGUCGCGACCCCAAUGCUGAGCCUCUACCAGUCUCCAGCGCACAACCCCUUGGACGCGCUGAGCAGGCAUUCCAACGGCAGCAAGCUAUUCAGAGCUCCCAGUCGGUGACCACCCGCAGCUUCGGCGGACAGCUCAGCCGAAAUGAUACUCAGACGGUACAAGCACCCGCUCGGUCAGCAGCAGCUACCCCGAACCCGGCAGCUCGUGCUCGACCUCCACCUACCGCAGAGCUGGAGAGCCUCAGCCUUGCAGCUAGCUCAGAACCGCUGAGCCCGCAAGAUCAAGCCCGUCGCCUCCGUCAUACCGCUGUCGUGGAGCGAGCAUCCAACCUACUCCACAAUGAUGCCAAUAAGCUCGCCGAGUUCCGGACGAGAGUGUCAAGUUACCGCACAUCGUCUAUUGGGGCUACCGAGCUCAUCGAUGCAUUCUUCUCUCUGUUUGAUACAUCAAGCUCGGAGUUGGGCAAGCUCAUCAAGGAGCUUGCCGAUAUCUACGAAGAUCAGAGUAAGCGUACCAGCCUCCUCCAGGCGUGGAACGACUGGCGGGCUAUCAACGAGGAUUACCCUGCCCUUCCAGGUCCCGGUGGUCUCCUGCCUGGCAUGUCUCCCGGCACAGUCAGCACCGGUGGCAGCCGUGUCUUGCGUCUGAAGUCUUCCACCGCGCAAUCGUCUCGUUCGGCCGUUGGUAGAAGCGGCGCCAUCUCAUCCUCAUCUGCCAAUCCCUUCCCUCCUCUCUCCGCAGCUGUCGGCAGCUCAUCUCGCCGCAACAACGCCGCCACUUCUACCCCCUGGGCCGCCGCCGCCCCUCCGCCCUCCAUCAGUCGUCCAACCUACUCAACCCCUCCCAGCCGCGCCUCUCCAGCCAUGGGGCCUAGCACUGCCCGUCCCGCUGCUGGCGCGGACGCUUUCCCUGCUCUUCCCAUGGCCGCUAAGCCAAACGUCAUGAUGCCCGGAAAGACGCGUGGUUACGUCCGAUGGGACGGCAGCAAGGCGCCCGCUGCUAAUGCUUGGGGAUCGAAUCCUUCUUCUGGUCUCGCUUCUCCGGCAGAGCCAGUAGAUGAUUUUGAUGAUGAGCCUAGCGAUGGAAAGAAGGGUAAAAAGAAGAAGGGCAAGCAGACCCUCUUCCACUUUGGUUAA